GGCGUCACUAGAGCGACACAUGCGGCUGUCUUUUUUCUACCUACCGCAGCAGAACUCGAGCUGGUGAAGUUGUCGAUUUCAUUCGUAUUUUGUGAAAACGCUCACAAAAGCCAUGGAAGUAGCAACCGUACCGCGCACGAGGCGUCUGUUGAAGGAGGAAGACAUGACCAAGAUCGAGUUUGAGACCAGCGAGGAGGUCGAUGUUACUCCUACUUUCGACACGAUGGGCCUAAGAGAGGAUCUCCUCCGUGGGAUAUACGCAUACGGAUUCGAGAAGCCUUCCGCAAUCCAACAAAGAGCAAUUAAACAGAUCAUCAAGGGUAGAGAUGUCAUUGCACAGUCUCAGUCAGGAACAGGAAAGACUGCCACGUUUUGCGUAUCAGUGCUGCAGUGUCUUGACAUUCAGGUGCGUGAAACCCAAGCACUGAUCCUGGCUCCCACCAGAGAGUUAGCUGGACAGAUACAGAAGGUGCUCCUGGCCCUAGGUGACUACAUGAACGUCCAGUGUCAUUCCUGCAUCGGAGGGACAAACGUGGGUGAGGACAUCCGCAAACUGGACUAUGGCCAGCACGUGGUAGCAGGGACCCCUGGGAGAGUGUUUGAUAUGAUCCGCAGGAGGAGUUUGAGGACGCGUGCCAUCAAGAUGCUGGUGCUGGACGAAGCAGACGAAAUGCUCAACAAGGGUUUCAAAGAGCAGAUCUACGACGUGUACCGGUACCUGCCCCCUGCCACCCAGGUCUGUCUGAUCAGCGCCACGCUGCCCCACGAGAUCCUGGAGAUGACCAACAAGUUCAUGACCGACCCCAUCCGCAUCCUGGUCAAACGUGAUGAGUUGACUCUAGAGGGCAUCAAGCAGUUCUUCGUGGCAGUAGAGAGGGAGGAGUGGAAGUUUGACACCCUGUGUGACCUGUAUGACACCCUCACCAUCACACAGGCUGUCAUCUUUUGCAACACCAAGCGGAAGGUUGACUGGCUGACUGAGAAGAUGAGGGAGGCCAACUUCACUGUUUCCUCCAUGCACGGAGACAUGCCCCAGAAGGAGAGGGAGUCCAUCAUGAAAGAGUUCCGGUCCGGCGCCAGCCGAGUGCUUAUCUCCACUGAUGUGUGGGCCCGAGGUCUGGACGUGCCCCAGGUGUCCCUCAUCAUCAACUACGACCUGCCCAACAACAGAGAGCUGUACAUCCACAGGAUUGGCCGAUCGGGUCGUUACGGCCGCAAGGGUGUGGCCAUUAACUUUGUGAAGAAUGACGACAUCCGUAUUCUCCGUGACAUUGAGCAGUACUAUUCCACGCAGAUCGAUGAAAUGCCAAUGAACGUGGCUGACCUGAUCUAAGGCACAGGUGACGGAAGUGGAGAGACCGCUUUGAUUACACUUUGGACCCCUUUUUAUUUACUGUUAGAAUUCUUGUCUCAUUUGUUUUGUUUUUAAUAGUCGCUUUGGAACAGCCUUCGAAUACUAUUGUAAUUCUUAGGGAAAUGCCUACUGCAACCAUCAGUUGUUUUGUAAAUAAAGAACAUUUUGUUUCCCA